AUUCACUUGCCAAUUUUGCGAAAAAUCGCGUAAUAGUUAGUGAUUUAAUGGUAGUAACGAAAAACUGAACAAAAUUAUUAGUGAAUUUUUAUCUAAAUUUUGGUGUAAGUUGCAAAGAUCCAUGUUUUCCUUUGAUUUUGCACUAAUCGUUGUCGUAACACCUUUCUCCUCGUUGUGGAAAAACAUCAAUUAAAUGUUUAAUUUCAUUGAAUACAAAAUUUGUUUACAUUUCCAUGUUGAUGUGUUUGAGUGUUAAUAAUUUGUAUACAGAGGAUGAUUAGAAGUGUUUGAUAAAUGUUCAGUAGUUUCUCAAAGUGUUAGAUGUUAUAUUUGUUGCUGAGUCAGCUAUAUUUAGAAUCGUAUUUGAAAGUGGAGGACGUUACUGAAGACAGCUACAGCUACGGAGCGCACAUACUCUGAAGACAUUAAAUCGAUUAAAAGACUCUUACGUGUUGUUGACUUCUAUUUAAUUGAAUCGAACCGAAAUAUUAAAACCAAUGUACAUCACGGCCGCAGGUUUACUAAAUAUGCGCUCUGUUCAAAAUAUGAGAUGUAAGUAAGCAUCUUUCUCAAGUAGAUAUCGUAACUAAAUGAAGAUCGCGCGCGAGUGUAUAUAUACUUAUACAUAUAAUACCAUAUAUUAUAUCUAUAAAGAUGUUAUUGAUCUCCAGGAUGUUGGCGUCUAGCCACGUGUUUGUGUCCUUAUGUUAUUGUAGAAUCUUUCAGUUAUCCUUUACUUUCUACCACUAUUGAUCUGUAAUGGAAUAACGAAGCUGCCCCCAAUGUUGAAGAUUCCCGCACGUUUUAAACAAUGUGACCUCAGUGUAUCCCUUGCCUUUGAUUAUUGUGACUGCAUUGUCAACAUGGGUACAAGGGCUGCUGCAUUUACAGCCAAAAUUCGCAGCCUUUAUGACUACCAACUGCGGCUUAUGCAAGGAGUCAUGCCCGCUCCAUCUGGGGUUGACAUAGCAAACACAAUCAAAUACUUCUCUCAAACACUUCUAACUGUUCUAAAAGAUGUACCAAACUCUCCUUUUGACCUCCUUAAAGAUCCAGAUAUGGAUGCAGUUAGAAUGACACUUUUUCCGAGCUUAGAUUACAAAGGCCUUUACAAUUCGUUAAUUCCUUUACUAGAAGUCGCACCACUCAUCAAUUACGGAAUACUACCGUUCGGUCAAUCGAUGCUCCAAAUUCUUGGAUGUUUAUUACCGUUUUUGGAACAUGAUUUAAUCGAUAAUUUGCCUUAUUUAACUGCAUCCUCCAUAUCCGUUCUUCCAAAUAAUCUACAUCAGGAAAUUAUUAAUACUUUGUGUUUUUACAUUCUACCUUUCACUAUAUCUAGGCACAAUGAUCGUGAUAGUGACAUAUGCCAAUCAGUUUCUGCUGUUAUAAUGAUGGUAUUUCAAUAUUCAACGAAUCCUGCACUUCACUGCCAGCUCUUGGAAUGCUUAAUGACGCUAAAGCAAAAUAUUUUACGAGAUAUUCUAAGUGUUAUAGCAUAUGGAACAUCAACUGCUCGUUCUUCCGCUGCAAAAUUAUUGUUUUAUUACUGGCCAACAUUUAAUGCUAAUUUAUUUGAUCGAAAAAAUCUUAUCUGUAAAUUUGCAGAUCCAACACCUUUUGUUUGCCAAAGGGAUAUGUGCCCAAACUCAGGUAAUGCAGAAGCCGCAAAAGUUUGUUACGAUCAUUGUAUCUCCAUAACAUAUGCUAGUGAUACCCCUCCUCCUCUAUAUUUAUGUAUUGAAUGUGCAAAUGAAAUCCAUCGGGAACACCCUAACCAAAUGUUUUUUGAUAUUCUCCAUCCCAUGCAGCAAGUUUCUAUGGUUUGUGAAAAUAAGAAUUGUCGCUCAACUGAUAAAUCAGCAAUAUCUAUAUGUUUUUCUACUGAAUGUGCAAGCUACAAUGGUAAUCAUCCUAUCAGAUACUGCGAACAAUGUCACAACAACAGACAUAAUAAUCGAAGGGGAGGAGAUCACAUCUUCCAUAAAAGUAUACCACCUACUUGGAAUAUGGAACCUGAAAUGCAGACUUAUAUGGUGGAAGCCAUUGUUAGUUUACUCAAAGAAGCCAAAAUACCUCAAUUAGAAUCAAAAGAGGAGAAACGUGAAGGUGAUAAGGAAGGAAGAGAAAGUAGAGAGGGAAAAGAAGGUAAAAGUCCAGUUCCUGCUAUAGACAACAUAACAAUUGAAGAACGGCAACUAUUGGGACGAUAUGGUGUAUGGCUAUUGGUGGGUAGAUGUACUCCAACUGAAAAUACAUCAGUCGAAGUACUCGGGCGCCUGCUGGCUAUGAUUUUUCAUUGGUUUCACAUGACAGCUCUUUCAUAUGACGGUCAAGAAGAAAGUACCUUAGAGAAAUUAAAGACUGAAAUCGUAUGUAACUGGUUACGAAACAUUAGUCGAAGUCAUUACAAGCUUUUUAUUUCCUGCCUUUUGCCUCAUCCACCUGAGUAUGCUCGUAUAGGAGGCCAUUGGGACACAUUGUCAUCACGCACAACUCAUUUAAAAGAUGGUUUAAACCGUCUCUUUUGUCUGGUACCGUACGAAGUAAUUACUCAAGAAAUAUGGAAUUAUGUCAUGCCUCAUUGGAUGGAAGCUAUAGUAAACGAUGUACCUGAAAAAGAACUAUUUGAAUUACGCAUCAUAUUAAGUAAAAUCCUAGAUACAGACAUGAGUCCACUAGGAUUUAACGCUAAGAAAAUGUUUCAAUUCGUAUCAUUUAGGUUUCAAAAAACUAGUGCCAAAGUACAACAACAGGCAUUACAGUGGCUGCAGACUUUAACUUUAUUGGAAAUAAUAAUUCCUUUGAACUUAUUGUUCACUAUAUUUGGAGAGGGCGUCUCUUUUAUGAAAGAAGGUAUAGUAGAAAGCGAUGGUGAUCCAACAACGCCACAUGAACUAGAAAUACCAGGAAGACCAGAAAAAGAACAGAAAAGAGGCUCAAUUUCAUCUCUUAUUGAAGAUGGCGAUUCAGGAAAGACAUCAUUUUCAGAUGAGGAAAACCGUCUAUCUCCUCAAGCAGAAUUUGAGACGGAUGCAGAACACAAUCUAUUCUGUUGUUUGCUAAUGUUAGAUAUACUAUUGAAGCAGAUGGAACUCCAAGACACUGACAAACACACUGGCUUGAAUUCAUCACUUUGUAAAGAUGUCUGUUGGCUGUUGAAAUGUAUGAUAACGGCAGCUUGGAUAGGGAAUCACUCAUGCUCGUUAAAGUCUGAGUGCACGUACUGUGAAUCUAGUAUCAUGUGGCAUCAACUCUCAUUACAAUUAUUGAAAUAUCUUUCACCAAUUCAUCCAGCUCAUCCGCCUGAUCCUCCUCUAGAAGAAAAUUAUGAAGACGUACAUAGCAGAAAAAGUCCGCCGGAAUGCGACAAGAAAGAAACCAAAACGGAUGCUGUAAUCACCAUGUCAAUACCAGAAGCCCAUUCAGUAGGAGGAGUUAUAGUACACAUGCCACACGUGUGUUCUAUAAUGACUGCAACCGUGGAAACGGUCUCAGAACAACUUGAUCUACCCAUAAUACCGGUUGAACGAGUACCUGCAGGUAUGGCAAGGGCUAUAACUUUGUCAGAAUCAGAUGUAGCUAUGGCUAAAGCACAAAUAGUAAAAGCUCAAGUGAUUGGUGAAAAUGAUGAACCAGUUGAAACGGAUUCAGGCGAUGACAUCGAUAACUUCUGGCAAACAUCUAUUGGCAAAUUUAAGUUUUGCGUAGAAGAACUGCCACAACCUUUACAAUAUCUCAAUCAGUUGUUACAAGAGCUGUCGAAAGUAGAUAAACCGGACAUUUUAUAUUAUAUGUUACAAUGUUUAAACGUUUUGAUUUUGCACGGAGACGCUUGUACAAUAGCCUCGAAAGAACAUCGGGGAUUUUUCAUUUGGUGCCAAGAGAAUCUUCUUAUCAAAAAUCUUUGGGAACUGUGCAACUCUGAACACUCCCACAUUUGUCAAGCUGUAGUACCUUUACUUCUUCAUUGCAUUACAUUACCUGCUGGAUCUGAUGUAUUUUGGAGAGUGAUUCAAGAAGCUUUCCAUAGCUCCAAUUGGUGUGUAAGAUUUACAGCUGUUGAGAGGGUAACGGUUAUUACAAGAUUCAUGAACUCAAGUCCUUUACGAAAUGUCCACCAACUUCAAGCUGCUCUAGCUAAUGCCUUCUGUUAUUUAAUUUCCAGUAUGGAUGACAGCAACGUAUGUGUAGCACAAAGAGCUACACUGUAUUUAGGAACCAUUCAUGACUCUGCUAUAAAGUCUUUGAUUAUGUGUUUGGAGUCUCAGUUUGAUUCUGUGAUAGUGGACAGGCCGAUGGUCUUGCAAUCGUUGUACCAGUUACAUAAUUCGCUUAGUGAAAGAAAAAUUAUAACCUGGGAUUUUUUUCUAAACCGUUUCGAUACUUUGUUCAUUGAAGCACAAAUAACAUUGGAAAAAUCGGGUGAAAUCACGUAUUUCAGAGAUUUGCGAAAUUCUGAUGCAAACAGCGAAACGUUGCAAAGAAAAAUUCAAAGGGCACAUGAUGCUCUUUCGCAAUGCGAUGGGAGUGCAACAAGCUCAAUAAAAACUUUGAGCGCUAGUUUUGGAACGAAAUGGCCUUAUAAAAGAACAAUGUCUGCACCAGCAUCAAUAAUAACUAGACAUGAAAAUAAAGAAACGAAAGAAAAAGUGUACAAUCGUCAAUAUUCGGCCCCGAUAUUAAAGAGGAAAAGCUCGCGUUUUGGACUUGGUCAGUUUCUAGGCACUAGUAACAGUAUCUCAGAUGGGCAUAUGCAUUCUUUAAAUAUGGUGGAUGAUCAAAACAUUACAACGUUUCUACAAAGGGUUAUAGAUUUAGAAGAAGCGGAUAAAGAAACCAUGCAUCUCCUUGUUUUCCUUCUAAUGCAGUUUUUAUCUAGAUCUGAUCAAGCAUAUCCAGCAGAAGAAAAAAAUCUAGUCAAAACACAAGGAAUCGUAUUGCGGCAUCUUUAUCUUUUACUAGGAUAUAGUCAAAACGACAGGGGAUUAUAUCUACCACCACAAAGGCUACGAUCCUCUCCAGCAUUUAGCGCAUUUUUGUCAAAUUUACCCCAACUGAUGGAUCAGAAUCAUAUGAUGGGACGGUUGUUACUUCCAACAUAUUUGAUUUUGUUACAGUAUGCACCUUCUCCUCAUUAUAUUCCCAACGCAAUGGAGUUUCAACAACCUACAUAUAGUUUGUGGGCACUAGAAUCACACUUUCGAAAAAAUUGGCUGAUGUCUUUGGUUGUUUUACUAUAUAAGUAUCAAUACAAUCAACAGCCUCAUUGUAUGCAGUUAACCUCUUUAAUUCAAAUAGUAUUGAACACUCUUGACUGUCAACAUCACCAUUGCAGAAGGAUACCUGCAACCAUUAUAAUGGGACAACCUCCAUCUAGAUCAAGAGAUGUCAGCCAGCCAUCUUUAGGUGCAGAAAUUGAACAUACUGAGCGUGCUACCCCUCCACCUUCACCAAUAUAUUCAUCUGAUGGACAAUCAAUUCAAGCUGUGAGUGCUUCUAGAUGUGGGAAAAUUCAAGUAGUUUAUGUGAAGCCUUCAUCGACAACAAGCAUGGAAACUCACUGGGAAGAAGCUAUCCACUGUAUUCACCCAGAAAAAAUAUCUUCCAAGAAGCACGCUGAAAUUAGUAUGGAUGACGAUACUGAGUCAGAGCUGAUUGUAAUACCAGACAGUGAUAUGUCCGAUAGUACUCUUCAGGGCAGUGUGCAAGGUUCCUUCGAUGAGGGAGUCAAUGAUAGUUUCUGCGAAAAACAUAUUAUAAAAUCUCCGAAAGAAACCUAUAUUAAUCAACUUGUUAAGUUACCCAAUAAAGGUAGACCAACGUGGACCAUAGGUAGUGAGGAAGAUUCUUCAAAAUCUUGUGACAAUAAAUUUUACCAAGAAGCUUUAAGAAGUCAUUCUGAGUUAAUAAAAAAUUGUUCUAGGUUAAAUUCUUCUUCAUCGAUUAAUGGAAUUCAACUAGCUAAAACUGUUACUAUAGACCUUCAUAAACAAGUUACCUCAACCUUUGUAGAUACCCAUCAUAUGGGAAAACCAAAACAUAAAAAAAUUAUAGAACCAAGUAUAACUCCUGUUUGUACGCCUGUGUCUGACUGUGAAGAUUGUUACAAAAACAAUCAUACCGUUCUACCAACUCCUUCUUUAGAAAGAUUGUUACCAAUAGGAUCAUCAAGAGUUUCUGAUUCUCCUCUACAUGACGAUGUAUUUUCUCCGAUAUUAGACUCUCCAUUAGAAAUCCCUAGCCAAGAAAGACUACUACCCAUUGGCCAGCAUCCAACGCCUCAGUUAAUGGAAAAACUGAAACAAGCUUUAGGUAUUAACACACAAAUCAUCAAACUUGAUGGAAAUAAAAAGUCUGAUAAGUUACCAGAAUCGCAUACCCAAGGUACUUCUUCUCAUUCUCACAGUCCUAGAAAAUUAACCAAACAAGUCGCUCUUGAAAGUCCACCCACUCAAUCAGAAUUUGAUGAAAACGGACACUUCAAAUCUAUAAAAAUUGAAAAUCAAAGAGACAUAAUGUUGAAUCAUCGACAACGUAUACGUAAAGUAGGUCCGUUUGCAAUGAAUUCGUAUUCAUUACAUGAACCUAGGAAACCUGGUACCUGGCUCAGCCCUCAAAUGUCUCCAACCUUCGAUGGAAUUGAUAUAAAACAGAGCUCUUUCAGAAUUGGUGAUGAUUGCGUAACAGAACGAUGUUCAGAAUGUGGAUUGGUGAAAGAAGAAUACAGUGAUGAAGAAAUAGGACUCUGUAUAGUUACUUUAGGAACUUUUAUACACCGGGAACCUGCACUUGCUGCGCCCAUGCUACCAGAUAUUCUUAGUAUUGUAGCAAAGGUAGCAACGAAUGUCAUGUAUCCUUGGCAAACCGAAAGCAAUAUUCAUCUACCUGGAGGAGCAAUAAGUGUAGCCCAUCAAUUUUUACGAUGUGUUCUACAUCAACUAGCGCCGAAUGGAAUUUUUACGCAAAUGUUUCAAACUAAUGCUCCUGAAAAUAUUAGAAUGCAGUUUUUUAAAAGUGUUAUACAAGCAUUAAUCGAUUUUAAUGAAUUGAAUCCAGUAGCUCCCCUUCAACUUCUAUUAGAAACAUUGAACUCAAAGAAAACCUUACCUGUCGAUAUUUUACCAACUAUUUUACAAAAUAUGGCGUGCUAUUUUAACUGUCUGCCUCUUGAAGUUGCCUUAGGUGCAAGUACUCCCAUGUGGGGUACUGUUUUACAACAAGUAGAAAUUUUGUAUAGGAAACUAAUUUUUUUGUUAAACACUAUGGAAGACGUAACUCCACUUUUGAAAAUAAUGUCAUCUCUUUUUAAAAUACCACUAAUUUCCCAGUUUAAAGGCCUUUUAGAACCAUUUUCGAAAGUCGUUAGCUAUGCAGUACAAACACAAAUUAUUAAAUAUGGUUGCCUUAUGGAAAUUUGUUAUUUAUGUUAUAAAGCUUUUACUAAGGAAAGGGAUAAACUGAUACUCAGUAGAAUGGUUGUAUUUGAACUUGUCCAAGCGCUCAAAUUUAAAACUUCUAUUCCUGAUUCCAAUUUAUUGAUGUUGAUCAACCUGAUUUUACAGGACAUAGGAAGUUCAAUUCCAUCAAAUGUUGUAAUAAAAGACUGUUCUGCGGCAGCAUUAGAAUAUGGUCCGGUAUUCACAACUGGUAUAUCCGAAUGCAUGAAGUUAAAUCUUGGCGACAUCUUGGAAUUUUUAACAGAUUUUCACGCCAUAUCGAAAAUGAAGAGUUACUGUAGAGGAGUCAAUGUUGGUUUAAACGAUGAUACAUUAGGUGGUAUAAUAAAAUGUAGUAUUGCUCAAUAUUUAGCGUUAGAAAUUACGAAGGGUAAUGGUAGAGAUAACAGAGCCGUAACAAGAUAUUUUCCUUGGUUGUGUACCAGUUCAAUGGCACAACAGAGCCCAAGAGAAUUUAUCGAAUGUAUAGGACAUAUAAGACUUUUGUCAUGGCUACUCUUAGGCUCAUUAACACAUACGGCAUUACAAGGUAACAAUAACUGUCAGAUAUCAAGUCAACCAAUUCCACAAGAAGCAUCUUGUCAAAUAGCUGACCAUAUUCAAAUAAUAAUGGCAGGGUUCGCCGAACAACCAAAAGCGUCGAUUUUGCAUAUGUCUUCUUUAUUUCAUACAUUUAUUUUAUGUCAGCUCUGGACUAUCUACUUAGAACAAGGUUUGAGUAAUAACGUACCAAUAACAGAAGCAUACAACGUAACAAUGAAUAUUCUUUUUGAUUUUUGGGGAAAGGUAACGCCAUGUAUAUUACAAUUAAUUCAACAAUCUAAAAUGUUAUGCGAAAUAGUGAGUCUACAUUUUCUGAGCAUGUUAGAAGCACUAUUGGAAUGUCAGUCGACCUUUGUAGGGAAGUUACUACCGCUUUGGACUCCAGUACUCUGCUCAAACCAGUUACAGUUGCCAGGUCAUUUACAAGUAAGACUCCAAAAUUGCCGUAACUUUCCACCGACAGUAAUUCAAGAAGCUAUACCAGAGAAGCUGAAAGUAGUGAAUUUAUACAAUCCAAUGCUACUGAAAUGGCUACAAAGAUUACAAUUCAAAAUGGGACAGAUUGAACUACAAUCAUCGACAGCGACACAGUUCUAUUCAUUAUAAAUAAACAGUUUAUUUGUAAA